AACUGGCCCUUCCAUUUAUUUUGUUUUGUUUUUAAUGGAAGUAAAAUAAGGUAUUUUGGAGAAGGUUUCAGCUGUUUUGUCCAUAUUAUCAGGUUUUGUCCAAUUAUAAAUUGUGUGUUAACUGUACGUCCUUUGUGAAGCUUGAAAGUUUUAGCUCCAUUGACUUUCACAAAAUGGACAAAAACAGCAGAGACAUUCUUAAAAAUAUCUUCUUUUGUGUUUUGAGAAAAGUAAAAAAAAAAAAAGAAAGUUCCAAGUAUGGAACUAUAUGAGGGCGAGUAAAUAAUGUUUUUAUUUUGUUCUGUUUUUUUUUUUAUUUAUUUAUUUUUAUGAUUUAUCUAAUUAAACUCAGUUGGAAAACAAUAGUGCCCUCACAGUCUUGCUAAACAUGACAGAUUAACCCUGACUGUGACCUCUGUAAACAGACCAAACAGCACUUAUACUCUGCCCCCUGGGUCUGUGCCCAGACAAUGCACAUAGGCAUUAUGGGAUGCUGAUGAUGUGUUUAUUAUGUUUGCUAAGAAGUGAUGACAAACUUGUUUAACAAGAAUGGUUUCAGUAAAGGUCAAGCCCUCCCUCUAGUGGUAAAAACAAGGAGCUCACAUUCAAACAUCUAGAAAAGUAAGCAAUUAUUCAAAUAAAAGCAUAUACAGUACCAUUUGUAAGUAGGGCCGAACUUAGCAAUACCUAGAAGCUGAUUAAGCCAAUUAGCUCAACAACCAUAACAGGACUGUUUUCAAACAAAAUUAGCAGUGGAGAACACCACAGAGCAAGCUGGGUAUUGGGAAGAAGUUGGGGGAAAUCCCAGGUAAGUAAUGUUGAUUUAAAGGAGGGCCCCAUUCCUGUCUUUGCCUAGGCCCCAUAAAUAGUAAAUUCCCAUCUAAUCACACAACAACUAGUGUCAAAACAACAUAUUUUCAUCAGGAAAGCAUUAUGCUUGUGAGAUGAAGACUAGACUUUGUUCAGUCUGGGCUCCAGCUGUGAGUGACUAAUCAGUUCAAUCACCACAGAAAAUAAAUGAGCUAUAUCAAAAUAAAGAUGAAAUGCCUCAGAGACAAAUCACAGAAUAUGCAGUGCAUACAUAAUAAAUAUAACCGCCCUCAAACAAAUAGAAACUGACAAUAAAUAAAUAAAAUUUUGAGUUUUAAUCAAGCUCAAGCCCAAAGCCAAAGCAACAGAACUUAUUACACAAGGACUGCAGUCAAACAUUUAACCAGUUUAACCACCAGAUGGAGCCACAAACACACAAAAGAACCUGACAUAAAAAGGACCCAUUUGAAUCUAGCAAAAAUACAUUCGAAUGAAAUCUGGUAGUGGAACUUUACCAACACUCUCAUUGCACAGAUCAAUGUAUUGCAGUAUUUGCAGCCUUUUCCUUUUUUCUUUAGAAAACCUGGACCUGAAGCAGAAGACCAGAAUAUUUUACAACCUAAAUGAGCUGAAUUAAAUAUCUUAUUAAAUAUCAAUGUUUGAAAUACAGCACUUAAACCAGUCAAACUGGACUGUGAACGCAAGCCUUACAUCACAUGCAACAAGCAACACAAUAAUGAAUCUAGCAGAAUCAUUCAGCAGUGGAACCAGAAUGCAACGCAUCUAGUCUACAGGGUAGCAUUUCACGGUUUUUACCAUGCAGAUCAUGUGUACAUUACAUACGUUCACAGGGUUUGGGGAAAUUACAGUACACACAAAUCUCAGGCUGUGUAUUCUGGGCUAUAGAAACAAUAGCAUCAUCUAAUCAGACACAAUUACCAUCAGUAUAAUCCACUGGAGCACAAAAUGAAAUAUGUACAUUCAAAUGAAUGAUUUUGACAUCCUCCUUGCCUUGGGCUCGGUCAACCUGUGCUUCUCAGUGUUUUAAUGCAUGCCUAGAUGAAUGGACUGUCAAGUUUGAGAAAAAACAUAUAAGCAAAUUAAUAUAAAAGAUCAACAGUUCAAUGAAAGAAACCCAGCGAGAAGGAAAAGAUGAGAGUCCCUUAGCAAAGCUAUACAGCCUUUGUACCAUGUAGAAACAUGAAUUCAGUGGACCAAAAGAACAUGAUGUCCUGUGGCAAGAAUGAUACCAGUAGUCCAACAUCAACAGAAUCGCCAACGUAUUUCAACCACUGCGCUUCCUGCAAGCUCAAAAUGUCCAUUAAUAUUAGAGGCUUUUGACUGUGGACUAAUAUAAUAUAAUAUAAUAUAAUAUAAUAAUAUGACAAAAUAAUGGCAAGUAUUUAGCAAAGUCAAAGCAAGCUUUGGCAGGGACACAAAAUGAUUAAGCUUCCACUUAAAGUAUGAUUUUUCCAGACUAAACAAUAUUUGCUAAUAUUUUAAAACACUAAUUAGAUCUAAAAAAAAAAAAAAAAAGGGGGAAAAUUUUAUUGAAUUAUGCAGAAAAGGAGAUGGAGAUAAAAGCCUAUGUUUCACAUCAAGAUAAGCUGUCCGUAUCGCCCCCUCAAGAAGAAUAACGAGAUCUGUGCAGCUGCUCCACUGAUUGGUCAAAAUCGUUCAUGCUGUCACAAAGGAUCAUGGGAUGGACCACCACACACCCACUGCCCAGACAGCGUGGGCGUUUCCGUGGUAACAGAGGACAGCGGCGAUCUUUACGCGGCCUCAGCGAGCCACUAAUGAGUAUGAGUGAGAGUGUGUGUGUGUGUGUGUGUGAGUGCGUGCUUCAUGCUGCAGUGCAAACGGGGGGUUAUGUUGUAAGAGACACUGCAGUGAAAUAGAAAUGCAUCUAAACUAGAAUCUAAGCUGGUGUGUGUCUGUGUAAACUGAUCUUCUCGUAAAAGUAAAUGUCAAGGUUGCUUUCUAAUUAGAAAGUAAUUCCCCAAUAUCUGGUAAAAGGAAAAAACUUCAAAUGUCAUUUUCGUGCCAGUCAAAAAGUGCUAUUGUUAUCAAUACUGUUAAAGUCAACAUGAAACGGAAGUUUUGCAAUAGUGUUUUCUUCCCUAUUGUGACAUACACCGAUCAGGCAUAACAUUAUGACCGCCUUCCUAAUAUUGUGUUAGUCUUCCUUUUGCUGCUAAAACAGCCCUGACCUGUCGAGACAUGGACUCCACUAGACUAAAGGUGUGCUGUGGUAUCUGGCACCAAGAUGUUAGCAACAGAUCCUUUAAGUCCUGUAAGUUGCGAGGUGAGGCUUCCAUGGAUCGGACUUGUUUGUUCAGCACAUCCCACGGAUGCUCGACUGGAAUGAGAUCUGGGGAAUUUGGAGGCCAAGUCAACACCUCAAACUCGUUGUUGUGUUCCUCAAACCAUUCCUGAACCAUUUCUGCUUUGUGGCAGGGUGCAUUAUCCUGCUGAAAGAGGCCACAACCACUAGGGAAAACCUUUUCCAUGAAAGGGUGUACAUGCAACAAUGAUUAGGUAGGUGGUACGUGUCAAAGUAACAUCCACAUGGAUGGCAGGACCCAAAGUUUCCCAGCAGAACAUUGCCCAAAGCAUCACACUGCCUCCGCCGGCUUGCCUUCUUCCCAUAGUGCAUCCUGGUGCCAUGUGCUCCCCAAGUAAGCGACACACACGCAAAAGAAAAUGUGAUUCAUCAGAUCAGGCCACCUUCUUCCAUUGCUCCGUGGUCCAGUUCUGAUGGUCACGUGCCCAUUGUUGCCGCUUUCGGCGGUGGACAGGAGUCAGCAUGGGCACCCUGACUGGUCUGUGGCUAUGCAGCCCAAUACGCAACAAACUGCGAUGCACUGUGUAUUCUGACACCUUUCUAUCAGAACCAGCAUUAACUUCUUGAGCAAUCUGAGCUACAAUAGCCUUCGCUCCCCACAUGCAUCAAUGAGCCUUGGCUGCCCAUGACCCUGUCGCCGGUUCACCACUGUUCCUUCCUUGGACCACUUUUGAUAGAUACUGACCACUGCAGACCGGGAACACCCCACAAGAGCUGCAGUUUCAGAGAUGCUCUGACCCAGUCGUCUAGCCAUCACAAUUUGGCCCUUGUCAAAUUCGCUCAAAUCCUUACGCUUGCCCAUUUUUCCUGCUUCUAACACAUCAACUUUGAGGACAAAAUGUUCACUUGCUGCCUAAUAUAUCCAACCCACUAACAAGUGCCAUGAUGAAGAGAUAAUCAGUGUUAUUCACUUCACCUGUCAGUGGUUAUAAUGUUAUGCCUGAUCGGUGUAUAUGCAACCAUACACACGUGCACUCACACAGACACGUGCACAUGGCAUGCACACAUACAAAUUCAUGUACACAAAGUGACAGGAAAUUCUUCUGACAUAUCCCGCAGCCAAGCAAACAAGAGCCAAAUGCAUCAAGCUUGGCUCUCCCCUCAAUCUCAAUCUCUAUUUUCGUAUUCAAAAGUGGAGCCAAGUCACAGCAUAGGCUGUUCUUCUUGUUAGCAAUAGUACAUUAUUAUUGAGAGAUGGCACUUUUAAAAACAUGCUAAAAAAAAGUGUGGUAUGUGUUUUUAACUCAAUAUAACCUUCAAGUAUCUACUAAACGUGUUUGUGAAAACAUUACAUCAGCCAAAUUUUUAAGCUGCACUCUCAAAACAUUGCAAACUUGAACAGAAUUCAACAGAAACAUGAUUCUCUGUUCAAUUUAGAGCAUGCAAACCCUGUGCAGAUGUAUACUGAAAACGAUUUGGCUUUAACAAUAAAUACAUCCUAUUUCUCCCCAAGGUAGCUUAAAUCAAUACUUUACCAAAGCUUUGAUUAAAAGUCGCAAGGUGCUAGACCUCUCCUUCACUCUCUAUUUCUCUUUGUGUCUGCCUCUAGCUAUUCCAUUUGCUGUUAAGAAGAGCUGCUCUCAGUUAAUCCGAUUAUUUUUUUACCCUGUCUAGAAAUACUUUGAUAUUAAUCAAACAUUUGAUUGUCAGAGAUUAUAAUUUAAAAUUCCAAUUUUCAUAAAAAUCUUCAGCGUGUCUCUCAGUAUGUUAAAUGGUGAGGACAGAAUGUCCUCAGCCAAACUCAGGCAGUACAUUAACAUGUGCCUGAUAUUCAUAUCUUAAUAAAAGCAUGUCCUUUUCAUUACACAAUUAAUUCUGGCCCAUAUACAUGUGUUUAGUGUACUCCUUGACACUAAUUUACACAGUUUAAGAAUUUCUAAACAUCUUUUAUUCGAAGUAGGUAAAUAUGUCAAUAUUAUAUCAAAGUCUGAGACAUAUAGUUCUGUAAACCACCAAGUUACAAACGUUGAAACUAAAUGUGUGACAUCGUGUUUCUAAAUGCAUAAAAAGUGACUACUACUGCACUUCUAGAUCUUUUAGGGUGAAUGAAGCUGUGUGCGCGAGCGAAACAUAACAUUUUACCCGGAGACCCGGGAUUUUGCCUCAUCGUGACGUGAAAGAGUUCCCUUUCGACAAAUAUAACACUUUCUAAAUUUAGUCUCCUCAAAAUAUCAAUUCCCUGACGAUUCCUUUGAAGCUAGUCACGUGUUAGCAUUUCGUGAGUGUGUGUGUUGGGGGGGUGGGGGUGACAUUUUGACAUAUAAAGCUGCUUCAAGGGCGAAUUCUGCAUUAGAAGCGCGCGCAAAACCGAACUGCGCAAUUGCGCGAGGAAUUCGUUGAGGGAGCGCGGAUUAAUCGUCCAGUCUCGAGAUUUCGCGAAUCAACUGCUCGGAUGGAUUACGCCAACUCUUUGCGGAAUAAACGGAGGUCAGAGUCAUGGAGAGCAGUGCAUCGACCACCCGUGCACCGCUGGAUAUCACGUCCAGGAAUCUACAAGUUGUACUGAUGCAAUUUAGUUCCCCGUUAUGAACUGUCCUGGAGUUGCGGUUCAAAGUUAGGGGCUUUAAGAGCGGGGAACACCAUGCACACCGCAGAGCUCGCGCUCUCUGUCCUACUUGUCGUGAUCAUCGUAGUGUCGCUGCUGUCCAACGUGCUGGUGCUGAUCUGCUUCCUGUACAAUGCAGAAAUUCGCAAGCAGGUUCCUGGCUUGUUUAUACUCAAUUUAACGUUCUGCGACCUGCUUCUGUCCGCCUCCAGCAUGCCGCUGACUCUUUUCGGGGUGUUGAGUAAAGCGCAUCCCGGAGGACAGGUUUUCUGUCAGGUAGUCGGGUUUCUGGACACUUUCCUGACUACCAACUCCAUGCUGAGUAUGGCAGCGCUCAGCAUCGAUCGGUGGGUUGCUGUGGUGUUUCCUCUGAGUUAUCAUUCCAGGAUCCGUCACCGGGACGCUGUGAUCGCUCUGGCUUACACGUGGGUGCACUCCUUGUCCUUUUCUGUGGUUGCCGCGUGCCUCUCCUGGGUGGGCUACCAUCAGCUGUAUGCUUCGUGCACACUCUGUAACGGCAGGGCGGUCCAUGCCAAGACCCAGUUCGCGAUAUACACGCUGGUGCUGCACGCGUUCACGUUCCUGCUGGUGUCAGUGGUGCUCUGCGUCACGUACCUGAAAGUGCUCAAAGUAGCGCGCUUUCACUGCAAGCGCAUAGACGUGAUCACCAUGCAAACGCUCGUACUGCUAGUGGACAUUCACCCGAGUGUUCGUCAGCGAUGUCUGGAGGAGCAAAAAAGGAGGAGACAGAGAGCCACCCGCAAAAUCAGUACCUUCAUCGGAACCUUCGUCGUCUGUUUCACCCCUUAUGUCAUCACCAGGAUUGUGGAGCUGUUUGUGACAGAGCCAUUUAAUCCAUACUGGGGCGUGCUGUGUAAGAGUCUGGCAUACAGCAAAGCUGCAUGCGAUCCGUUCGUCUACUCUCUUCUGCGACACCAGUAUCGGAAGACCUGCAGUGACAUCAUAAAUCGACUCAUGAAGCGCAGUUCCCUGAAUGACUCCAGGCAUCAGCAGGAGAAUGGAGAGAUUGGGAGAGCUAAGGAAAUCGUAAAAGAUGGGGAAGCCAAAGUCAGACCUACAGACUGAGGACUCCUGUUGCUAUAGAGAUGAACAAUCACAAAGAUAUAGCUUCGACUCUGGAAGGAGAGAAAACAAUGAAAGUAGAAGAGGCAGCUGGAUAUCAGGCUGCAUUUCUCAACUCAAAAAGAAUUUAAGAUGUUACUGUAGCAAGAGAUUUUAGUAGCAAAAGAGAUUUUUUAAAAAAAAUAUUCUUUCUUUCUCUUUCUCAUCCAUUCUGAAGUCAAACUACUGUAAAGCUGCAAUCCACGAGAGCUGCUAGUUAGCCAACAUUCAAAGAGAAUCCGUUGGACUUAUUACUUAUCGUGGUCUGAUUUGUCUCUUAUGUUAUAGUGAUAAAGUGCUGUUUAGAUUUAUGAAUAGGUGACUGCUUUGACUUCAGUUGAGUAACAUGGUCAAAUGUGAGAAAACAGCAGAUCGCUUCUAACAUUGUGAGUUUUUCAAAACAGAAUAAGAAACAAUAUUUUCUAGAUGAUGUUUUAGUGGAACUCAAUGGCAUGUGGCUUUGAUAUUUUUGUAGCAUGUAUUGUAUUUUCAGGGUUUAGAUAUGAAGUCCCAAAGCAAAUGGCAGACCUGUUCUUAUGGUGCCUUUAUUUAUUUUAUUUAAUUAUUUAUUUAAAACAAAACCUCUAUAGACUGAAUUUUAGUUAACUGAAAUUAAGAAGCUCAUUUCAGCAGAGAAUUGUAGAGAAAUCAUGUUGUAUAAACCAAAGGUACAAAGGAGAUAAAAUAAGUAUUUAUUGAGCGUGAAACACAAUAGGACUUAAAAAAAAAUGUUAGAUUAAAUUCUGACAGCACAAACAGUCUCUUUUUCUAACUUGCCUCUGAAAAUUAUGUGUGAAAAUAUUGUGCAAGUGCCUGAAGUGCUGUCAUGUGAAUUUAAUUAAAUGUUCUCUGUGUGGGAACACUGGCCACAAGAUAUAGGAAAAAAAAAUACUUGCAAAAGACCUAAACGUUGGGAAAAAAGAAUGAAAAAAAUAUAUAUAUUUUUCUUUCCCCAAUUUUCCUGUUGAGUUCUACAAUGCUGUUCUUUGUCAAUGUAUAUAUGCAUACACAUUUUUGUAUUUUUAAAGAGUAAAUCAUUUCUACAGGGUAAUUUAUAUCUGAAUGUCACUCUAUAGUAAAUAUGUAUUGUUUUAUUUUUUGUAGCGUGCACGUACAGGUAUGUGUGCGACUGUGAUAUUUGGAAGUGGGAAUAUUAUUACACUUUGAGGGUGUUUAUGUAUAAAACUACAUGUUUAAAUGUUUUCUUUUGUGCAAAUGUAAAGCCUUAGGAAGAAACAUGUCUAUUUUUGUUAAACAGAAAAAAUGUAGUUUUAAAUUUUGCUACAUAAAUAUCUUUGUGACUUUGCU